AUGUUCGUACAAAGCAUGCCAGCUCGUUACACGACACAGUAUUCACCAUACAUUCACUCCUCAUUAAAAUUUGUACGACAGCUUCUAAAUUCUACUCUUUUCUCCGCACCUCCAUUUCAAUAUACAGGAAAAAGUGGAAGAGCGCUGUGUACGGAGUACCGAGCCGGGUUGGCAAAAGUUUUGCCUUCCCAUCCCACGGAGGGGGGCAAAAAGUGUUGCCGACGGUCAACGGCCGCUUCGACCGUCCGCGUCACCCAGUUUCAGAGUACCUACGGAGUUAUGGCAGUUGUUCGUAAACUACUUGGACCAGCGGGCAGAGGGCUGCAGUUAGAAGGUCAUGGCGCUAAUUUGACCUUGCCUACAACUUCUGCACGCUUGUUCAACUAG